AUGGUGUUUCUGCCCAAAUUCUCUCUACUCUUGUGGAUUCUCCUUUCUUCAUAUGCCAUUCUCUUGAUAAAUUAUCCAGUUAAAUGUGGUGACGAUGAGAAGGAUAGUCUUUAUCAGGGUAUCAACAAGUACCGAGCAUCGUUAAACUUGAAAUCUCUUACGAAAAACAAAAAUGCAGAUUGCCUUGCUGAUAAAAUAGCAGAUCAAUUCAAGAACCAACCAUGUACAAACACCACAGGUGCUAAUACAGUACCAGGCACAGAACCUCAAUUCUCAAACUACCCAAACCUGUUAGCUAAGUGUCACUUGGCUAUUUCUGACACAAAGGAUGGAACUGUAAUGCCUGCUUGUGUUCCUGGCCUGGCUUCAAGCCUUGUCCUCGCGAAUUUCACGAAAUCUCUCUACUCGGAGAAUCUCAACGACACACAGUUUACAGGAAUUGGUAUUGGUUCGGAAGAUAACUGGAUUGUUGUUGUCUUGACCACAGACACUCCUACAGGAAACUUUGCUCCAUAUAGUUCCGGUGCUCGAAAUUUGAUUUCCAAAGUCGGAAUGAUUUAUUCCUCGAUGCUUUUGUUAGCUGCCAACAUUUUCCUGUUGUGA